GAUGACCUCGUCAAGGGGCAGCAACCGUUGGGAGCAGGCGGUCCCUCAGGCGGGAUCAAUUUUUAGCGCUCGUAAAUGCUCUGACCGAAGUAUGGGUUCAGUAGUACACUGAUUAGCUGAAUGUGUCCCACGCCUGAAAUGGUCCACCUCCUUUGCCUUUUGUCCUGCCAUCUGGAAAGUAUGUGUGUAUGUAUGCGGGCGGGGCAAUACUUCUGAAUGAUAUUAUUUUUACAAACUAGGAAGGAUAUUUACACCCAUACAUAACAAUAAAAAGCUAAACGUGGAGAAGGCAAGUAUGAUAUGCAGUGCUGGACCUGACUGAAAACUACAGCUAUUCCGGUCCGCUCCAUGGAUGUAGCAACUGGCAAAAAGGGCGGGGGAAGAGGGACAUCUGCAGGUUGAUUCUUUUAUGCCAGACUCAUCGCUAUAUCUACGGCUUGCCUACGGCAGUUUUGAACGGGGCUUCCAGUAGGUGUCGGUACAAGCAGCUUCUCGGGGAAACAUGGUGCGUGGAAGCGGGCAGAAAAAGGCUGCGUUGACUGAAGCGGUUGCUACCUCCGCAGUGACUCGCUCCCAACCUGCUUCUUCUGGAAUGAGGAAGAAUCGCCUCUCUGGUUCCUUGUCUCAGCUUAUUUUAAAAGCGUUUGAGACUUCCAAUCCGCGAAAAGGAUUGUCUUUGGCAGCGCUCAAGAAGUUUCUCGCUGAAUCUGGCUACAACGUUAGCAGAAACAACCAUCGUCUCAAAAGAGAGCUACAUAACUUGGUCUCCAAUGGGUUAUUGAUCCGUAUAACGGGCAGCGGUGCGUCAGGCUCUUUCAAAUUCAGUAGUCGGGAGAAGAAAGGAGUUGGGAAAUCGGAUCCAGCAAAAAAGAAAACGGCGGUAGUUGCCAAAAAGCCUUCUGCGGGGAACACAGAACCCCCCAAAAAGCCCUGGAAGAAGCAACCGGCGGUUACUAAACCGAAAGGUCCCCGAAAUAAAACUGCCAACCCCAACAGAAAACAGCUCGCCACAGCGAUAGUCGCAGCAAAAAAGAAAGCACCUGCGGGGAGGAAAAAAAAAUGAGUCCUAGUAUUUGCCAGCAACCUUAUUUACCGCUUUAGCUAAGAUGUAAAAACGGCUCUUUUAAGAGCCACCCACGACUCUGAGGGAGCUGAUGCAUUUUCAAAUUAUAUACUGUCACCGAUUAAUUAAAUGAACUACGUUGAAAUGACUUUCAUACCCAAAGUUUUAUGGCGACCCAUAGUGCUUUUUUCGCAGAUAUAUUGAAAUAAUGCGAAGUUUGAAAACGGCAAUUAAAACGAAGUUAAAUAGAAUAACUUCGAUUAUAGUUAUUGUAUAGUGCUGUUCUGAAAAUGUAGGAUUCUUCCUCAAUAGAUUUUCUGCUUAUGACGUAUUUGGCUAGGCAUAAAGUGUUUCGUAUACCGACGUUAGCGGUUAACUGGCUAAAUAACUUGUGGAAUAUAAUAAACAAAGAAAAAUGGAGGAGCUGGGUAGAUGUGAUAAAAAAAGGCUGGCAUUAAUUUAGAAAAACUAAAGCCCCUUCGGUUUAUAAACGAUUGAUUUGGCGACUUAACGGUAAAUAUUUCUCAAACCCUGGACUAUUUCCCCACCUCUACC